AACGGGACGAGAGGAACCAACGUGAAUGUCAAGUGAAACCGGAGCCAGCAGUUUGAUGCAUAAAUCGACAAUAAUUUAUUUCUUUAAACAUUUUCGCCACGUAUGAAUUUAGCGGUUUAGCAUUCGUGAUGUUGUGAAGAUGUUUCGGCCAGCUACACAAAGGCUUUCUGUUGCUACCGCGUCCCGAAGAAUGGUCAAAACUCUGAGGCAUUUCUGCAAGAAGGCACCGAGGAAACUUCGUGUUUCUGAGGCACUUUCAGGCGCUGACUUAGAAGCAAAAGUCCAAGUGCAGGGAUGGGUUCGCUCCGUCAGAUCCCAGAAGGCAAAUUUGUUCCUGGACGUUAACGAUGGGAGCUGCCUGCAGUCGCUGCAGAUUGUCGCCAGUCCUCAGCUAAAUGACCCCCUGCUGACAUUCGGGAGCGCCGUUGAGGUCCAAGGAGUCCUGAAGCAAAGUCUGCACGCCAAACAGCCCGUGGAGCUGGCAGCGGAGCACAUUCGCGUGGUUGGAGAAUGUAACCCGUUGGAUUUCCCAUUUAAAAUCAAAGAGCGCCACAAGCUGGAGUACAUCCGCCAGUUCCCUCACCUCCGCUGCAGAACAAACACCUUCAGCUCCCUGCUGAGGAUACGCAGCGAGGCCACUUCGGCCGUUCACUCGUAUUUCAAGGAAAAUGGCUUUCUGCAAAUUCACACGCCGAUCAUCACCUCCAACGACUGCGAGGGGGCGGGCGAGCUUUUUCAGAUCGAGCCUUCCAGUCAGCAGAACAGCGAGGACGAGAACUACUUCUCGAUUCCGGCCUACUUGACCGUGUCUGCUCAGCUCCACUUGGAGAUCAUGGCAGGGUCAUUUUCCAGAGUCUACACAUUUGCGCCAGCCUUUCGCGCGGAGAACUCCCAGAGCCGACGCCACCUGGCUGAGUUUUUCAUGGUGGAGGUCGAGUUGGCCUUCACCCGGUCCGUAGAGGACCUCACCGAGGUCAUGGAGGACAUGUUCAAACGGACCACCGAGCGCGUGUUGGACCGCUGCGCUGAAGACGUGGACUUGUUUCAUAAGCAUGUGAGACCGGGACACAGGGAUACCGUGGAGGCCACGCUGAAGGAGAGAUUCCUCGUGAUGACCUACAGCGAGGCUAUAAACAUCUUAAAGCGGAGCUCACAAACGUUCACCUUCCCCGCAAACUGGGGCUGCGACCUUAAGACGGAGCACGAGAACUACCUGGUGAAACAUUGCGGCACGCGGCCAGUCUUUGUCGUCGAUUAUCCCUACCAGCUCAAGCCGUUCUACACCAGAGACAACCGGGACCCUCCCGAGCACACGGCGGCCGCCGUGGACCUUCUUGUGCCCGGCGUCGGCGAGGUGUACGGGGGCUCGCUGAGAGAGGAGAGGCUGGACCUGCUGAGGGCUCGACUGGAGAAGAUUGGAUUAGAAGACAACUACAACUGGUAUUUGGAUUUGAGGCGUUUUGGCUCCGUCCCACACGGCGGCUUCGGAAUGGGAUUUGAGCGAUAUCUGCAAUGCAUUCUGGGAGUGGACAACAUCAAAGACGUGAUUCCUUUCCCCAGAUUUUCACAUUCUUGUCUGCUGUAG